CAGGUAGGGAUCCCACAGCUGGGUGGUUCUAAGCCACCAGGUUCCUGAAAGGUUCACGGGAUGCUGGUCCUGCUGCUGCAUGCAGUAGUCCUCGGCCUGCCCAGCGCUUGGGCCGAGGAGGCCUGCACACGCACCUGCCCCUUGGCCUGUGCCUGCAGCAGCGCGGAACACGGUUGCACAGUGCGCUGCGACCGCGCGGGCCUCCUGCAGGUGCCGGCCGAGUUCCCGUGCGAGGCGGCCUCCAUCGACCUGGACCGGAACGGCCUGCGCUUCUUAGGCGAGCGGGCAUUUGGCACACUGCCGUCACUGCGCUGCCUGUCGCUGCGCCACAACAACCUGUCUUUUAUCACCCCGGGCGCCUUCAAGGGCCUGCCACGUCUGGCCGAGCUGCGCCUGGCGCACAACGGCGACCUGCGCUACAUGCACGCGCGCACCUUCGCAGCGCUGGGCCGCCUGCGCCGCCUAGACCUGGCCGCUUGCCGCCUCUUCAGUGUGCCCGAGCGCCUCCUGGCCGAGCUGCCAGCCCUGCGUGAGUUCGCCGCCUUCGACAACUUGUUCCGCCGUGUGCCCGGUGCGCUGCGUGGCCUGGCCAACCUGACACACGCGCACCUGGAGCGCGGCCGCAUUGAGGCCGUGGCCUCCAGCUCCUUGCAGGGCCUGCAGAGCCUGCGGUCGCUCAGCCUUCAGGCCAACCGCGUCCGCGCCGUGCAUGCUGGCGCCUUCCGCGACUGUGGUGCCCUGGAGCACCUGCUGCUCAAUGACAAUCUGCUGGCCACGCUGCCGGCCGACGCCUUCCUUGGCUUGCGCCACUUGCGCACCCUCAACCUGGGUGGCAACUCGCUGGGCCACGUGGCACGCGCCUGGUUUGCAGACCUGGUGGAGCUCGAGCUGCUCUACCUGGACCGUAACAGCAUUGCCUUCGUGGAGGAGGGCGCCUUCCAGAACCUCUCGAGCCUCCUCGCUCUACACCUCAACUGCAACCACCUCACCGUGCUCACCUGGGCCGCCUUCCAGCCCGGCUUGUUCCUGGGCCGCCUCUUUCUCUUCCACAACCAGUGGCGCUGUGACUGUAGCCUGGAGUGGCUGCGCGACUGGAUGCAGAGCUCUGGGCACAUCGCUGAUGUGUCUUGCACCUCCCCGGGCUCCGUGGCUGGCCUGGACCUCAGCCAGGUGGAUUUUGGGCGCUCCUCCGAUGGCCUCUGUGUGGACCCCGAGGAGCUGAACCUCAGUAGGUCCAGCCCAGGCCCGUCCCCAGAGCCAGCGGCCACCACCAUGAGCAGGUUCAGCAGCCUCCUCUCCAAGCUGCUGGCCCCGAAGGCCCCAGUGGAGGCGGCGGCCAACACCACCCAGGGGCCAAUCAAUGCUUCGCUGUCCGACAGCCUUCUCUCCGGUGGAGUGGGAGACUCGGGCCACAACACCCCAUUUCUCCUCCACUCUAGUCUUCUGCUCAGUGUGGCCCAGCAUGUGAUGUCUGUCCUACAGACAGACUGACCCUGCCACACUGGAGUGGCCCAAACUGCCUGGGCCAAUGGGGGAAAUUUUAGUUAACUGGGCUCCAAGGUGUUUGUGGUGGGGGGAGAGGAGAACAGAAUGG